AAUUCUAAUUACGAAUAAAAAUAUUAUGAGCGAAAAGAAGAAAAAUGGAAAAGACAUUGUACUGUUAUUACGGCAUAGAAUUAUUGUGAAAUUUACUUGGAAAGAAAAAUGCACGAAGUCUACAAAAUGAGAAAUAAAACAUGAAUUUUAUUAUUGUUAGUUGAUAUUUAAUAUAAUAAGACUCUAAUAUGACUUCUAAAACUGUAUGCAUUACUCAAGAAGGUCCAGCUAAUGCUUUAGCUCUUAAUAAAGAUAACAGUCAGGUUGUCAUAGCUGGACGUCAUGUAUUUAAAAUAUUUACACUACUGGAAGAUAGAUUUGAGGAAUCUUGUAAUUUGCGAGUUGGCAAAAAUUUAAAUUUGAAUUUUUCUUGUAAUGAUGUUGCAUGGAACCUUAUUGAUGAUCAUAUUCUGGCAACAGCUGCUACAAAUGGUGCAGUAGUUGUAUGGAAUUUAAAUAAAUCUUCAAGAUCAAAGCAAGAACAUGUUUUCAUUGAUCAUAAAAGAACUGUUAAUAAAGUUAGUUUUCAUAUGACAGAACCUAUGUGGCUAAUAUCCGGUUCACAGGAUGGAACUAUGAAAUGCUUUGAUUUACGUAUAAAGGAAGCUACCAAGACAUUUUAUAGUAAUACGGAGUCUGUACGAGAUGUUCAAUUUUGUCCUCAUCAACCACACACUUUCGCUGCUGUUUCUGAAAAUGGUCAUGUUCAACAGUGGGAUUUGCGGAAACAUGAUCGUUAUUUUCAACAUUUUACUGCACACAGUGGACCUAUAUUUGCUUGUGAUUGGCAUCCUGAAACUAACUGGCUAGCAACAGCAUCUAGAGAUAAAACUAUAAAGGUUUGGGAUUUAUCUGUAAAACCAAGUUGUGAUUAUACUAUACACACAAUAGCUUCAGUAGGAAGAAUAAAAUGGAGACCACAGAGAAAAUAUCAUAUAGCAAGUUGUGCUUUGGUUGUAGAUUGUAGUAUAAAUGUAUGGGACAUUCAACGACCAUAUAUUCCAUUUGCUAGUUUUAAUGAACAUAAGGAUGUUCCUACUGGUGUAGCAUGGAGAGGAAAUCCGCAAUCGUUCCUGUCAACAAGCAGGGAUUGCACUUUAUAUCAUCAUAUAUUUAAGGAUGCUAUUAGACCAGCUAGUAAAGCGAAUCCACAAGGCAUUGCUUUAAGUCCCAUCGGAGAUAUUGCUUAUGCUUGCAAAGUAAAUAUAAAUAUGCCAACUACAGUAAAACAAUUAACUAACAUAAUGAGAAAAACACCAGUAACAAAUGAUACAUUUUGUAUGGCUUCAAGUGUAAUGCAUAGAUUUGUUGUAAAUAUACCGCGUGAUCCAACUUGGUUUAAAAUAUGUGCUGAAGGUUACAUACUUACUGGAAAAUUGAAAGAUAUUUGUGAUCAUAAUGCUGCUGUUGCUAGUAAUGCAGGUAGAAAUGAUGUAAGCAUUGUUUGGAAUAUAAUAAAAACAUUAUAUACAAAUCCAUUAGGUGCAAUUUUAAAGACUCCACCAACUGUUUCCAAGGAGGACAUAGUAAAUACUCUAAAUUUAGCACAAAUGGUAAAAGUACCUGCUAUUGACCAGUCAAAUCCAGGACAUGAAAAUGAUCUAAAAUCUUUACAAGGAGAAGCACCUACUAGUGCAACGAGCGGUGGUGACGAUGAAACUGAAACUGAUGAUACACCAGAAAAUCUAAACUUCAUAAGUAGCAUAUUACCUAGUUACAGGAAGUCCUUUAUGGGACAUAAAGGUCAACCUAAAGGAGAUUUUCUAUUUGGCGAUAGUGAAUUUGAACCAAUUAGUACAGACUAUAGUUCUGGAUAUAUGCAAAAUAUGAUAAAUGAUGAUAGUGACUGGACUUUGCCUAAGGAAGCAUUUCCUUUACGGCAUGAAAUAAAAGAUCGAUCUCCGCCACCAGAACAGUUUCCUAAUCAUUCCCCAGAUAUCAAUGAUGAUUCUGUUUCUGUAAUGGUUGAUGAUCAGCCAUGUCAAUUAAUAGUAACAGCUAUACCUAAACCAUUAUUCUGGGAUCCUACACAUUUGAUUGAAGAAGCACUAAAACAUCAUGCAGCACUUAGGGAUAUUCAAACUUCAGCAUCUGUUCUUAUCGCUUUGGGUGAAAAAAGAAAAGGUCUAAAUAUCGAAAUACCAAUUCAGGAACAUUGGUUAUUAGAAUACAUAGACUUAUUGGGAAGGUUUAAACUUUGGAAUGUGACUACACAGAUAAUACAGUUGGCAUGGAUUCCAUCUAUUGCACAACUAAAUCAACAAUCAACAACUAUACAUGCAUGCUGUUUAGCAUGCACAAAACCUUUACAAAGAGCAGCAUGGUUGUGUGAUCGUUGUCAUACAUCGAAACACGCUCUUUGUUCUAUUUGUCAUCAGAUUGUCCGUGGACUAUAUGCAUGGUGCCAAGGUUGCACACAUGGAGGACAUGUAAUACAUUUAAAGGAAUGGUUUCGUUGUAAUCGUCAAUGUCCUACUGGUUGUGGUCAUGUUUGUGAAUAUAUUUAAAUGUCAUAACCAGGGAUUAAGGUAUCAAAUGUAAUAAUAAAGAGUAUGUAAAAGUAAGGCAAUAUAUUAUACACAAUAUUGGCAUGAAUACACGUUCUUGUGCAUAAAUUUUUAAAUAAUUAACUAUUAAUGGUCAAAAAUAAAUAACAAAGAUUGUAUAAUUCUUUAUCAUGUACAUGAGAGAAUGAUGUGAUUUUAUUUUUUUUAUCAUACAAAAUAAUUUAAUGAAUAAAAUGUUUUAACUACAUAUAAAUAUAUCCAGUAAUUUCUCUUUACGAUAUGGAUUUUCAUUGGCAGGAAUUAAUUUCAUGUAACAUAGCAUAAAAAUUUUGUUCUCAUAAUUUUCUUACAAUUCCGCAUAAUUAUCUCUAUCGUAAAAACAUUAAUAUAUCUAUUUAUUAUCUCUAAAAGCAUAUAGCUCAUGGAGGUAGCUCCUCCUUAGGACUCACCAAUUGCUUUGUAGACAGGAUCAUGAUAUUAUCUUCCAACUUCAUGCGUUGUUCAAUCUGUCGUUGAUGUUGUAAGGUACAUUAAAAUCAAAUUUCUUUAUGUAAAUUUAAUGACAUUUUGACAUUGAUUUUUUUAUAAAAAUGAGAUGUAUUAUUUGCAAAAUUCUGUAACUUGUAUAUUAUUUGAAAUAUAUACUUCUUAUAAGAAA